GAUGACGUUUUCGCUCUCUGCGUCUGCGGAAGUGACGCCCGAAGCGGUGGCGGUGGGUGGAUCCCGGAGCGGUGGGAGUUGGGCAGCGUCUCUUUUUCCCCAGUCCCGGCUCCGGCUCGGCCUCCCCGCUCCGCCAUGUCCGCGCCCGGCAGCGGCGGCGAGUUCGGGAACCCGCUGCGCAAGUUCAAGCUGGUGUUCCUGGGCGAGCAGAGCGUCGGGAAGACAUCUCUGAUCACCAGGUUUAUGUAUGACAGUUUUGACAAUACUUAUCAGGCAACCAUUGGAAUUGAUUUCCUCUCAAAGACAAUGUAUCUAGAAGACCGCACGGUUCGGCUACAGCUUUGGGACACAGCAGGCCAGGAGCGGUUCCGCAGCCUCAUUCCCAGCUACAUCCGCGACUCCACCAUUGCUGUGGUAGUCUAUGACAUUACAAAUCUGAACUCGUUCCAGCAAACCUCCAAAUGGAUUGAUGAUGUGCGAACAGAGAGAGGAAGUGAUGUCAUCAUCAUGUUGGUGGGGAAUAAAACUGACCUGGCAGACAAGAGGCAAAUCACUACGGAAGAAGGUGAGCAGAGAGCCAAAGAGCUGAAUGUGAUGUUUAUUGAGACAAGUGCGAAGACUGGAUACAAUGUGAAACAGCUUUUCCGCCGUGUGGCUGCUGCCUUACCUGGGAUGGACAGCACACCCGAGAAGAGCAAAGAAGACAUGAUUGACAUCAAGCUAGAGAAACCUCCUGAGCAGCCAGUAACGGAGAGCGGCUGUUCCUGCUAAAGUGCCCGUUGUAUAGCAACACUUUCCCUGAUUGGCCAGUCUCACUGAAGAGCAUCACUUCUCAUUGGCUAGGCAAACCUACUUUUUGUGAACUGAAGAAACAACUAAUCAAUCUACUAAGUGAGCGAGCUCCCUGUUAGCUGGUGGGGAACAGCCCUGGCUGCCCCUCCUAUUGCAUGGUAUGAGCCCUGAGUGCAGAAUGAAUGUUAUGUCCUCUUUUAGUUGUUGCACUUUGGCACCAUGAUGCCCUUUACUCCAUCCCACACCUUGGGCCUAUCUGCACAGGUGUAUUUUCCUGUGAAUGCAACAAAAAAGCUGCCAUGUUAGGGAAAUAAAGCUGGGGGUUGUUUCUCCACCUCCCUAAUUGCCUUGCAUCUUAACCAGUUUUCCUUCCACUCCAGUAAUGUUUUCUCUCCCACACCCCACUUCCUUUUUUUAUUUUUUCCCCUUCAGCGGCUUCUCCUUUAAAACUAGUCACAAUUUGAUUUGGCCUUGUCUGUUUUGAGAGUUGGGGGUGAUCUGUUCUCCAUGUCUGGCUUCCUUGAGAGGGUGCACAGUACAGGCCUCCCAGUCCUUCCCUCCUGUGGUUGGUCUUAGCCAAUUCCUGAGUCUUCUCUUUUGAGGUUUGGGAGAAGGAGCUUCCCAGCCCUCCUCACUUCCCACAUCGGUGUGAGAGCUGAGCCCUGGACAUUCUACUCCCAAUCUGCUCUAGCACAAGCCACUGAUCUUGUUUGCUCCCUUUGUCCUGUGGUGGGUAGAAUUCCCCAGGAUCACUGGCUUCAGUUGGAUUCUUUGCCCUGGGGAAUGAUGUCAACUGCAGGGGAGGAGGGUAUACAGACUUGCUGCAGCAUUCAGUCUCUGUGGGGGAGCCUGCCUGACUUCACCUGUUGAUGACCUGGGCUCUAUCUGUAGGCUGCAGAUGAAAUCUAGAAUUUAUCCCUAGGAUGUCAGUAUUAGGACUGGGUAUCCCGGGUCCCAUUCUGGUUCUCUUCACCUGCAGAUAUACUGGGAAUCUCCUUUUUCUUGUGGAACAUGCACAGUCUACUGUCUGCUAGCCAGACAUAAGAUACAGUUACUAGUUACGCAGAAAUGGGGCUUGCACUGCAGAAGUGGCUCAGUCCAGUGCCAGCAGCUUCAACCGAUGUGGUGGAAGGGCAGCUGAGCAUCUCGUAUUCCACUAGGUUGAAUCUGGGUGACAGCAGUUUUACUCUUUUAACUAUCUAGUGUGUUGCCUAUGAAAUAGAACAUGGCUACCCUCAACCUUGCAGCUGCCUUUGCCGGAGAACCUCCACAGCCCUGUAUGUGGGGAAGAUGCUAGGUCAUAACAUUCCCAACAUUGGGACAAGCAGUAGGAUGGCUUUGUUCCCACCUUCAUAGGAGGGGAAGAUGGGAUUAAAUAAAGGGAAAUGUUGCUUUUUUGUGGCUGCUUCUGUUCCAUUAGCUUGGGUUGAGGGAACAUCUCCUAGUGACUCUUAUGAUAGUUUUAAAGGGGAUUUUUUUAAAAAGUAAUUUUUGCCUCUGUGCCCACCCACAACCCUGCUGUGAUCAGACUUGUCCAUUCGCUGAGGGGAAAGUACAAGGAAGAGAUGGAGAAGUCCUGUUAGACCAUCCAUUUGACCACCUGGUCUGUGUAGUGGUGUCAGGGUACAUCCUAAAGAAAGGGUAGAGACAGUGCAUUAGAACAGGGGCUUAGGCGGCGUGCAUCAGCAUAAAUUCUAUUUCCUCUGGUAUAAUGCCUGGUUGGUCACCACUUCAGUUAUGUACUCUUUGUGUGAACCUUGUGGUCCUAUCCAGGAAGAGGAAUGAACUGUCACUCUUACCUGGAUUAACUAACUUGAACCCUGAUAGCUGGGAUUUCCCUUUUGGGAGCACCCAACUCAUGAUGCCAGGGCUGGCUUUUCUGGUUGUGUUUACUUAAUGGCCCUGGAGCACCCUGCUACUGGUUAAGGUAGAUACAUUUGGUAUGUGGUCAGCAUUGUCCCUUCCUCUCCAUGUGAGUUGACCUGCAGGGAGAAGCUGGGAUGUUUUUGUUCUUUGUUUCUCCUUCCUAUUCUGGAGUGUUCCCUUUUUCCUACCUAAAGCUCUCAAUGGCCUAGUCUGAGUCGUUUAGAACCCACCCCCAGGGUGAAGCCCUGGCCCAUACUAUGUAUAUACUCCCUGUUGUGUGGGAAUUGCUGAUGUUCUGUCAGUGUGUCUGUGUCUGCAGUAGAACAGGUUCCGCUCUCCCCUCCUUACAGGCAGACAUACCCUGCCACUGUGUUGUAUUGGUCUCUCGAGUCACUGGACUUUCUUUUUUUGGGGGGGGAGGGGUGUAGGAGGGGGAGAAUAAGUAAUCGGGAGGGAAAACCUAGUGAAAUAAAAUAGUUCACUUUCCACUGCCUUCCCUAUGAAUGUGCAUAAUAGUGAGUGUGUGUCUCUGGCCCUGCUGUCUCCUAGCUGUUAGCCAAGUAAGUGUGACUAUUAAUAUGAAUAGCGACUGUCUGACCACAGCCGUCUAUCACACUAAAUAAAGUUAUUUCACCAACA